AUGACGAUUUUAUUUUAUAAGGCCAAUGAACUUCGUUCCAACUUCGUUCAUACCCGGCCAUUCCGCUUUCACAGGCCUCGAAUCUGUGAAUACGCCCACACUCCGCAACGCCACCGAAAUUUCAACCUACCAGAACUCGGACCGCUUCUGCAGCUUCAAAAUGACCAUACCAGACAUGAAUCUGAUUCAGAACGAGUGCUCUUCGCAUAUUCAAGGCAGAGUUAUGGACACGUUUUCAGUGUCGAUGGAUUUCUGAAGUUCAUUCUUGAGGUGAGUCAGAGCUGGAGGGAGCUGAUUCGGGUAUCUGGAGACUGA